AUGUUUUCAAACGGGUCGCACACCCUGCCUCGUGGUUUCCGUUAUCAGGAGCCCAAGACUCCCGAAAUUCCUUUCUCAGAACCUUGCCAACCUCCUCCUCCUCCUCCUCCUCGACAACGUCUGAAGGUGCGAAGAAGCAAUGCUACGUCGUUACUGAACGUUUCCACUCAACAAUUUCUCGCCUCAGUUGCUGCCGAAGACAUGCCAGUUCCAACUAUCGAAAUCGCCGAUCGAGAUGAUCUGGGUAUGCCAGAUCGAGAGCAGUUGUCGAUUGACACCUCUGCCCUGCUCCCACCCUCCUGCGGGCCAGCCCCAAAGACACCAGUCCCAAUGCUCUCCUUGGAGACUGCUCAGCGCCGACCAGACUGGAGCAUGUCCGCCUCGCCCGCAGACGAGUACGCGAGACCGUCAUCAUCUCUCUCUGACACUUCAUACUACAGCGACGACUCGUUCUACAGUGGAAGUCGAGCCUCUCGCCCCUCAGACGAUGGCAACUGCACCUCGCCAGAGCCUGAUAUCUCGGACCCUUUCACCUUUCCCGUCCCCAAGCGCAAAAUCAAGGCUGCGAUCCAAGAAGACACAUUCCAGGCACCAACCAGCACGCUCAACCACAAGAUUCGAAGCAAAGCUCGGUCGGACGCCCCUUGGAGCAAGGAUCAAAGCGCUCAUCUCUGGACGACCUACAUGCUUUACCUGCAAGAUCCAACCGUCACACCUUUCCGUAUCAGUGCAGGUGCUGUCCCACCAGAGGGCGUCUGUCACCGGGUGGCGAGAGAAGCCAGACGAAGCUGGAAGGGUCAGAAAGUCUCGUCAACUGUUCCUGUCAUUCACAGACAGUCUCGAAUGAUAUCUUCUUCCGCAUUGGCGGACAGCGAUAGUCCAACUCCUACUGUGGAGAGUCCCAAGGUCUAUGGGGCAUGGCCACACGCCAGUGCGGCUACCCGCCACCAUUUAAGAGAGAUGUGUCGCAAGACCAACGACAUGGCCGUCUCUCGAUACCGACACCAUCAAUCGCCAGUCCCGACUCCUUUCACCCGGGUCCCAGGCCGAUCGAGAACCUGUGCGCCUCCCCGUCCUUCGCCUUUCGGUGCUCACCUCGACUCUUCUUUCCGCACCAAGGAAAUCGCUCUGUCGCUGACUACCAGCACGGCCGAGUCAAUGCAACCCGAUGGACCGUUAGCCCAGCUCGCUGCCGAGCCGGUCAAUAUCCGAAGAUUGUUUGUCCCUCAUGAAGAAAUCAAACUAUCAAGUUCUGCCGCCUCACGUGCCACCCUCGGGCAAUCGAAAGUUCGCCGACUCGCCUCGCCCUUUGUUGCGCGGACGUAUGGUCCUUCGUCCUCAAAGACUGUGGACUCUUGUGCAUCUCGUCCCGAGCCACCUCGCACCCAGUCCGAUACUUCUGGAUCCCUCGGAUCGCCUCUUCAUUUGAACCAACCUCGCUCCCUGAACGGAACUCAGAAGCGACGAGCGCAACAUGACCUCGAGGACGAGCUGAGCCCCAUUGUGCGGCCAUCCAUCUUGAACGAGCAGUUGUUUGGCUUGCCUUUGGAUAACAGCCGCCGAGUACGCAGUCGAGGUUUCUCUCUGGGCAACGAGGCUCUGCGAUACCGUGAGUCUGGAUUCUUGCACAGAUCGCCACCAUUUCGCUUCCCUGGGAUUGCCAAUGCCGAGUCCUUGAACCCUCAGCCAAGUGAUCCUACUUCGACUGCAGAACCCGCGAAGCUUCUCUCAUGCGCCGAAAUUGGUCCGCAGCUCGGCUCUCCCUUUUCUGAGUCCGGCCCAAGCAACACUUUUCCCCGCCGUCUCUUCCAAGAUAGCUCGGCUACGAUCAAACGGCCCGCCUUCGCAACCAUGCACCAAACCCGCCACAGCAUCGAGUCUUUUGAUUUCGGUAGCGGUACCGGUCCAAGUCUGCAGAGCCGUCUUGAAACUCUCGAUACCAAGCUCAAGGAGAUUCGGGAGCGCGAGGCAGCUGCUAAGCAUCUACGAUGA